CCGGGGAGCCCCUCCCAUUGGCUGCUGCGCGCCGCGGGGGGGCGGCGUCCCCCAUUCCCUCGGCGCCCCGCCCCCAAUGCCUGCUGGGGGUGCCAUGAGGGGCAGCGGGGCCUUGCCGAAGCCCGCAGGUCACCAGCCUGGGCACGGGCUGGGUGCAGGAGCCGGGCAGAGCACAGAGGUGCUGGGCUGGGGGGCGCCCAGACCACAGAGGAGAAGCAAAGGGUUGCUAACACCAGGGGAACGAGCCACCGACUCCCUCGGCACGGGGAUGAGUGUAGGAGCACGUCCGUCAGGUGUGGGAUGGAGGAAGGGUCCAGCCCCCUGUCGCCCCCACCGCAGGGAGUCCAAGGGAUGCCGUCCCCAGCGGAGUUAGGGGAAGGCGAACGUGGCGGGUUUGCGCGUGGAGAGGUGCAGGUGCACGAGGCGUUUUCACUUCUGCGCAGCGAGGCGGGAGAGCAGCUCGUGAGACGAUGGGAGCGGGUUCUGCUGAGUUUCGUCAGCCGGCCCGAAAAGCUUCCGAACGUGGCGAUCGGGAGAGUACGGACUCGGACGUGCCGUAGGUGAACCGAGCCGUCGCAUCCCCCUGGGACCGAAUCUGCGUGUGUUGCGGUCACAUAAAAAUCCCUGUCUUCGGAUGAUGCUGAUCCUCAGGCUCUUACGGUGCUGAGCAGGGAUUGCAGGUGUACUUCUGCCAGUUGCCAAAGCAAGUGAAUUCGGAUGCAUUGGGAAACCUUACCCAAGAUGUGUCCUCAAAAGGAUGGCUCUUCCUGGUUGUGUCUGAUCCUAGGGCAGGGGUGGCCAGUCUGCAGCUCCAGAGCCACCUGCGGCUCUUCAGAAGUUAGUAUGUGUCUCCUCGAAUCUUUGCACAGGCGUGCGGUGACCAGCUCCCAGAGCCGUCACGUCACGUCACGUCGUGCGCUUAUGCAAAGAUUUAAGGAGCCGCCUGUGGCUCCGGAGCCGCAGGUUGGCCACCCCUGUCCUAGAGACUUUGAUAAACCAUAAAGCUGGAAUUCCCUCAUACAAGAUCUUUCAGGCUUCAUCUCCCCUAGAUACAUAUAAGACCAACCGAGACAACAAAAAGCUUGACAGCAAAAGAGGACCAACCUGGGGCUGAUUAAAUUUUUUUUUUAAUUUGUAUCCAAGGCCAAAUUACCCAAAAACUAAUUCCAAAUCCAAGAGUCCAGAACCAUAAGUGGCCCUACUACCAGCAAACAUCCUCCACCCACAACUGGGGCUUCAGAUGUUUCCAAAACCUUUGGCAGGCAUCCUACUUGCAGGCCCAAGCCCAGAGGCUUGCGGUUCAGAUGUCCCCAAGUUUUGCUUGCCCUCAGCCAUAAGGCCCUCACAGCUGGGGCUGAUUAGAUACUGAUGCAUUUUUGAGCAGGUCUGUGUUGAGCAUCUUGACGGGCCCCACCAUGGUGGGCCACUAGUUGGUGGCCACCUGCAGAUUUGUAGUCGGGUUAUAUUGAUCCAAAGACACUGUAUCAAUUUGAAAUGACUAAUCUGGUUUUUUGAAGCAGGGGUGUAUGUUUUUUCAGUUGUGCAUUACAUUUGGGCCUAAAUGGAUUUGGCUUAGUCUUGGCUUACUCUCUCCUAGCAAGAAAUGCCGCAGCUGGAGAUCUGUCACGGAAAAAACCCUGCCUCCAGCAAUCCAUUAAUGUCAGCAUGGGUCUCUCCAGCUGCAUCGUUCCUGGGGAGAGUUAAUGAUGUAGAGGCCUUUGUGGAAGCUGUUCCAUGUGUCAGUGCUUGCAAAGGAGAAGACUCUUAGGUCAUGCAUGAUAAGACUGUAGAAGACCAGGGGGAAAGCCAACCAGACUGGGACAAAUUUGUGGAAGAUUGAAUUAAAGCCUGGACCACGAUAUACACAUGAUGUAAUUUGUUUUCCUCUCUCCAUAAUUGUUCAAGGCAAGGACAAUGAAACAAAAUCAGUUCGUUUGCUAAUCAAAUUAUGUUUAUAUUUUUCUGUGUGAGCCCUGGAGAAAAUUCCAGUCAAGCGCAGCCAAUACCAAAGGUGUUUUCAGCAAAACACUUUCCUUUAUCAGUUUUUUCUAUGAAGGCCUAUGCUACUACUUACAUGCAGCAGAAAUGGUCUGGGCCAAGUAUUUUACUGAUAGGAAAAGACAAUAUCAUCAGAAUACCUGUUAGGAAUCUUGCAACUAGGGGAAAAUAAAGUGACGUCAUCUUAAAACCCACUCUCUCUGCACUCCUGCAUCUGUCGCCAAAACUCAACCUGUGUACACUAACUCUGACCUAGCUGGCAAGUUUUUUGCAAUGAUUGGUCCAGAAACCAGACACUACAGGCAGUUUCAUUUUGUGUUUCAUCUGCGCUUGACUCAACCCGUCGACUUCAUGUGAGAGAUGGCAAAUGCCGAAGUGAGCGUCCCUGUUGGGGACGUGGUGGUCGUGCCAAGUGAAGGAAAUGGAGGGCAGAACCCAGAAGAUACCAAAACGCAAGUGAUAUUGCAGCUUCAGCCCGUGCAGCAAGGUUUGUUUAUCGAUGGACACUUUUACAACAGGAUUUAUGAAGAGGGCUCUGAGACCAGCGCUGCUGUAGUAGCUGUAGAAACACACACCAUCCACAAACUUGAGGAAGGGAUUGACCCGAGCACCAUUGAAACCAAUGAGGAAAUUGAGAUUGCUUAUCCCAUCACCUGUGGUGAGAGCAAAGCCAUCCUCCUUUGGAAGAAGUUUGUCUGUCCCGGAAUUAAUGUCAAGUGUGUUAAGUUCAAUGACCAGCUGAUCAGCCCUAAGCACUUUGUUCACCUGGCUGGCAAGUCCACCCUGAAGGACUGGAAGAGAGCCAUUCGCCUUGGAGGAAUCAUGUUGAGGAAGAUGAUGGACUGUGGGCAAAUCGACUUCUAUCAGCAUGACAAGGUUUGCACCAACACCUGCCGAAGCACCAAAUUUGAUCUCUUGAUCAGCAGUGCCAGAGCACCAGUGCCAGGGCAACAGACGAGCGUGGUGCAGACUCCCACAUCAGCGGAUGGGAGCAUCACCCAGAUUGCACUUUCUGAGGAGAGCAUGGAGGAGGGGAUUGAGUGGAACUCUGCCCUGACAGCUGCUGUCACCAUGGCCACUGAGGAGGGCAUGAAGAAGGACAAUGAUGAGAUUUCGGAGGACACGCUGAUGUUCUGGAAAGGCAUAGCUGAUGUGGGACUGAUGGAGGAGGUGGUCUGCAACAUCCAGAAGGAGAUUGAAGAAGUGCUGAAAGGAGUUCAGCAGCGGCUUGGCCAGUCUUCCUUCCCGAUCACGGAUGCUGCAGUCCUGAAUAAUGUGGCUCACACUUUUGGCUUGAUGGACACUGUCAAGAAAGUUUUGGACAACAGGAAAAGCCAGACAGAUCAGGGAGAAGAGCAGUUUCUUUAUACUCUAGCAGACCUGGAACGUCAGCUGGAGGAGCAGAAGAAGCUUGCCAAGGAUCAGAAGGCAAAGUCUCAGACUAUCCAGAAUGUGGUGCUGAUGCCCGUCAGUGCUCCAAAGCCCCCUAAAAGACCCCGCCUGCAGCGCCCUGCUUCAGCCACAGUCUUAAGUCCUUCUACCCCCAUCCAGCAGCCUCAGUUCACGGUCAUAUCGCCUAUUGCCAUUGCACCUAUGGGACAACAGUUCUCAGUAGGCAACAUCCCAGUGGCAACCAUCAGCCAGGGCUCCAGCCCGAUGACUGUUCACACCUUGCCAUCUGGCUCGCAGCUUUUCCGGUAUACCACUGUGGUGUCAUCCUCCAAGACUAACUCAUCUGACACUGUGACCCUUCAUCCAUCCUCCAGCCUGGCACUGCUGAGCUCAGCUGCUAUGCAGGACAGCAGUGCCAUAGCUAACAUGGCUGCAGUGGUGAACCCGGUGGAACUGGUGGCCAUGGAGUCUGGCCUGACCUCUGCCAUCCAAGCUGUUGAGGGCACCUCAGAAGAUGGACAGACCAUCAUAGAGAUAGACCCAGCACCAGAUCCUGAAGCAGAGACUGAGGAGUCAGAAGCCAAAGCUGUGAUUCUGGAAACAGAGCUGAGGACUGAGGAGAAGGUGGUGGCAGAGGUUGAGGACCAUCAGCACCAGGUCCACAAUGUAGAGAUUGUGGUCUUGGAGGACUAGCCAGGAAAGCGAAUCUCAUGGUUAGGGGGAGGAUUGCUUUCUUUAUUGUUGUUGAACUAAUUUUUACAGCCACCCUGUUAGUUCCCAUGGGUUUUGUUCUUUCUUUUUUUUUAACAAUUAUUUAAAAAAAAAAAAAAAAAGCUGGAGAAACAUUUAUACCCAAGGAAAAGGCUCCUUUUCUGCAGAGCCAUGGACAAAACCUACUGCUUGCAGGGAGGAGGAAGAAUUCCUUUGCCUAAACUCCCCACAGACCCCAGGAAGGGGACCAAAGGCUUCCUCUUCCUGAGAAUGCACAAUGGGACAGUCUGCAUGCUUGGGUUUUAGGGGGCUGGGGGGAGGGGGUUCUUUUCUUGUCCAGACCUGAUCAUUGCUAGGACAAUUUUAAUGCGGGAAGACUGUUCCCAGAGUAACUGGAGCAUUGAUCUGCCUGGGAAAGGGGUGCUUCUUGCUUUGGGGGAAACCAGUACCUCAUCUUCAUUUUUUUUCCCCAGGGAAGGGAAUUCUGUCUAACUCUUCAUUAUCAACUAUGCUGGUAAUUUGCUUUUGGUGGAGAAAGCAACAACCCUUGUUCUUGUGUUCUUAGUCCUUCUUCCUACCCAACAGGAGGUGGGAUUUGGGGGGGGGGGUUUGUUUUGUUUUGGUUUGUUCUCCCUUCCAGAUCUGCCAGGUGCAAAAAUCCUUGAGCUGCUCUUAUCAGUUUUGGGUUAUUUAACCCAAAUCCUGCCUCUUCCUUUUCCCCUCCCUCACCCCUUAGGUUUUUUUAUUGCAGAUGCUUUUGUAAGACACUGAGAUUGCUUAAGCCUUGUGCAUAAAAGAGAAAAAUUAACUCGAGCUAGGAAAAAAAAAAGAAAGAAAAGAAAACACAGCCCUCCCUUUAACCUAAUGCUGACCUCCUGGAUGUAUAAAGCGUGUGUUGUGCUGUUGCUUCCUGGGAGAGCUGGACUCUGGGCCUAGGAGCACCUUCUGUUUACGCUGCACGCUGGGAACUGUACCAUGCUAGUUGCUAUGUUUGGUGUUUUUGUUUUUUUACUCCCUUAAUUUGCAGGAUUAGGACUGGCUUGCUACUUUCGCUGUGUGACUGCCUCUCCCUCCCAUUUCUUUCACAGAUUUCUUUCGUUUGGCUGUGAGGUGAGGAAGGAAAGCUCAGUUCAGCUAUUGAAUUGCAGAGAAUUGGGAGGGGUAGGGGAAUAUCUGCUUGUUUGGAAAUAUUAAACAAGAUGACAACAAAUUAAAUAGACCCAGGGGUGGGGACAGGGGAGGAAGAUGUGUUUUGGUUAUUUUUUUGCAUUAAAAAGAAAAAAAAUCUA